GUGACAACUCCGAACGUAAACAAGAAUAAGUUCUUCGAAACGAAAUUCAAUUGAAAUUAAUUUUUCCCCUGGUUGCACGAAUUAUAGUUAGUGUUAAACAUAACUUUCCUAAACUAUUCAACCAGUAGACAUUUGAAAUGGACGAAAAAGCCGACAAUCCAAUUGCUGUGGACUUAAAUGAGCCAACAACACUAGAUAUGUUCAGCAGUGUAUGUAGAAUCUGCCUUCAGGAUGGUCAACUUUCGUCGCUCUAUGAGAAGCAUGAAGGCGCGGAAUUGUCUUAUUCUGAAAAAAUCAUGCAAGUUACACACAUAAAUCUUGAUAGAAAAAACGUGAAUCUUCCUGAACAAAUUUGUUCCUCUUGCAUUAAUGACCUGGAAGCAAGUUACCGUUUCAAAAUGAAUUGCGAAUCAUCUGAUGCAAUUCUGCAAACUUACUUACUACCUGUAAAUAUAUCAGAAGUGUACACAGACGCUAGCGUUGAUGAAGACGACAUAAUUAGUGAAGCUGAGUCAGAAACUGAAAUGCCAGUGGAUGAAUCAGAUUUGUACAAUUAUCAAUCUCAAAUGUAUGAUGAAAAUGGGGAGAUGAUUGGUGAGGAGGACAAUCUUGAAAAUGCAUUAGAAGAUGAGCUACACAAAUCAAACACAUCAGUUGAUCUCGAAGUUAAACCAACAAAACCGAAGAAAGAAAGUACAAAAGCAAGAGCAGCUAGAAUAAGACGAAAUCAAAUCGAAAAACAGCUUGAACAACCAAAAGUUCACAUUUGUGAAAUUUGCGGCAACAGUUACAAAUAUCGACACGCUCUUGAAGUUCACAUGAGAAGGCAUCGAGGAGACAAACCACAUAAAUGCGAGUAUUGUGAACGAUGUUUUGUCAUUCGCUUUGAAUUAAAACGUCACAUGAGAACUCAUACUGGACAAAAACCAUAUGGUUGUCGUUAUUGCGAGAGAAAAUUUUCUGAUUUUGGAAGCAGAAUAAAGCACGAAAGAAGUCACACUGGAGAACGUCCCUACAUUUGUCAGACUUGCGGCAAAACUUUCGCUUACAGUCACGUCUUAUCUGGUCAUAUGUUAACACAUACUGGAGAGAAACGACAUCAAUGUCAAACAUGCGGUAAACGAUUCACUAAAAGUCACCAUCUGAAAAGUCAUCUUAACACACACCUCAAAGCUCUCAAUAAACAAGCUUCAAUAGCACAAACAUCAUCACAAACUCAAGAUCAAAUCAAAACUGAACCAGCGAUACAAAUCCAGAAUGAUGAACAUGACCUGAUGAACGUUGUUCAAUUAGGAUUUCAAGUUAUAAAUUCGGAGAAAUAUUAAACAAAAACAUUUCAUCGUUUUCGAUUGUAUUUAAUGACGAUUAAUAGAAAUGACAAGUUUUUAGUUUCCGCUUACAUAAUAAAAUUAUGAGAGUAAAUAGUUAAAUUCUUUUUGUGAGAUGCUACCUGUGGUUAAUAUUUUAAUGUUAAUAUCUUAAUUGUUAAGAAAGUCCUUGCAGUUUUAUGAGAUUUGUUUGUGCAUUCUUUAAAUUAGCGUCGAGAGACAAAGCGAUUUUGUAAUUUUUCUUCGCCAAUUCCUUCUUUCCCCAUCGAUGAUAAAGAACACCAAGAUUAGCAUAGAAAAUUGACUUUUUCGGUUCAGCUUCAAUGAUUUGUUUGAAGAUCGCUUCAGCUUCAUUGAAACGUGAAAGUUUUCCAAAUGUGUUGGCUCGUGAGAAAAGAAUGUUCGCAUCAUUGGGCAGAUAAUUCAAAGCAAUUUCAGAAUAUUUUAAAACAUCGUCAUGAUUAUUCAGUUGAUUGUCGUAAUAAGCGAGAAUAUUUGACCACGCUUUCUUAUGAUUUGGAUUUAUUGAUAUUGCACGUUUCCAACUUGAGAUUGCUGAUGAAAAGUUCUUUGUGUCGAUGUAUAAAUUGCCUAAAUUGUAGUAACAAUUUGCGUAAUUCUUUCGAUAUGACAAUGCUUUGAAGUAACUUUCUUCUGCUUCCUGAUGUUCUUUCAACACAGCUUGAACAAUUCCAAGAUUCAUCCAUGCUGUUGGGAAUUCUUCAAGAAUUCCAACAGCUCGUUUUAAGUGAAAUUUCGCUUUUUCAUAUUCAUGAAGCUCUCGAUACAGAUUUCCUAAAUUCAUGUGAGCUGACUCAUAAUUUGGAUGGAGUUGAAUUGCUUUUCUGUAAAAUUUCAAUGAUGUUUCGAUAUCUUGAACUUCAGAUGAGAUUCUUGCAACAUUAUAAUAAACUUUUGCGUUUUUCGGUACAACUUUAAGAGCUGAAUAGAAUAAUUUGUGUUCAUUUGUCCACUCCAUUGCUCGAUGAUACGUUUUGAGCCCAUGGAAAGCAAGGAAGAUGAAGAAAAUUGUAUAAAUAAAAUAUUUUUGUGAUGAAAAUUUUUUCAAUAAAUCUCUCAAUCCGAUGGCAAUAAGAAGACAAAAUCCGAUGGAGGGAAUA